AUGGCCGACCGACGCACUGUGGGGGAUAUGCUCGCUGAUACCUUGAUAACAGCGAUGAAGGAGAAAGAGGAGCAGCUCGAUAAGGAAAUCGAGAAAUUAGACAAUAUGAAAGAGGAUGACAUCGAGGAGAUCAGACGUAAGAGGUUAGAAGAGAUGAAGGAGGAUUAUAAGGCCAGUCUAGAGCUUCGUUCCAAGGGACAUGGUGAAUACAAGGAGUUGCAUUCUGAAAGAGAAUUCUUCGAAGCUGCCAAGGAUUCAAAGCUCAUGGUUUGCCAUUUUUAUAGACCUACAACAUGGCGAUGUCAGAUAGUAGACAAGCACUUGUCUGUUCUAGCAGAGAAGUACAUCGGCACUCGAUUCGUCAAAAUCAAUGCGGAAAAAUCGCCCUUCCUAUGUGAUCGAUUUAGGAUUAUGAUGCUGCCGACUAUCAUGCUGGUCAAAGACGGUAAGACAGAGCACUCGGUGAUUGGUUUCGAUGAGUUCGGCGGGCGGGAUGACUUUGAUACAGAUGCUAUUGAGGAGAGUAUCUACAACAACUUGAUUGUUGUGUACAUUGAGCUCAUCAUCACUGUUGUUGUGAAGGCCGUAUGUAGGAAUGCUUCCAAGCAGCUUAGUGGCUCUGUUAGAAGGAUGAGUAUCAAGCCAGAGGCCCAAAGGAAGGAAGUUGAAUGGUCUCGGCGAGUCACUUUGCCGUUGGCUGAUGUUGUGCAUAAGGAUGCUGUCGCGGUAACAGGAAGCUUGGACUUGUUCGAUGAGAGGGUCGCAUCUAAACAGCAUGAUGGGAAGCAACAGAAGAGGGCGCGGGAACAACGACGGAAGGCCUGGAUGGGAAAGGAGGUCACACCAUGGAUGGAGAAUGGUUGGGACUAUGAGGGGAAAUGGCGAGGGGAGCACCUACCUGAAGACCCUACUGUGCCCUAUGGUGUACUACCUAAUGCACAUCUUCGGAAGGCUGUGCUCAUCAAGAAGGACUCUGGCCUCAAGAGGUGGAUACCGAUAGUAAACCUUCCUCCAGGAGACCUCAUUGAGGUAGCUUGUUCAACCCCUGGGAAGUACCACUUGGACCCAGCAUUUUGGGACGCCCUUUGUCGGCGUGCGGAGUACAUCAGUCAUUGCUUCUCUGUAAAGCAGAUUCGGAGGUUGUUGGGCGCGUUGGCUUCGGCGGAGUGUAAAGCCCAUCCUGGGUUGUUGAGGAAGAUGAGCUCAGAGCUGUUGGAGAGGUUCCCACAACUCACGUUACUCACCUGCUCAGAGUGUGCUGAGGCGUAUCAAAAGCUUGAAUACGACCAUACAGGUACUUACAAUAUGUUGGCAUUAGCCUUCGUACAGGAAAUGGAGGAUAUUCGAUAUCCUCUUGUUGGAUCCGAGAAGAGCAGGCAGUCUACUUCACCUGAGCGAGCUGUUCAGAUGGCAGCGAAGAUCCUUACGGCCUUCUCCAAGGCAAAGCUCAAUGGUGCCACUCCAAAUGACUUGCUCGACUGCUGUGCUCAUACAUUGUAUUCCCAUCGGGAGGUGUUGAAGGAUUGUGUGGAUGAUUAUAUAGCAGCAGUCGAUGCAUACAGGAGAUUCUCUCGUGCUGUUACGGCGAUCGAGAUGGCCAGAAUCAUCUUGGCGUCUGAUAUCGCGUUGGAAGUGCACCGAAUAGGUCGUCUUGCGAGAGCUGUUCACGGGCUGGAGGGGAAUGUGAUGAUAGCGACUGAGUUGGCCGAUUGUGUGAGGGCAUCAGUGAAGGAUGCUACGGCAUUGAGAGGAGGAGAUACUGUCGAGCUCACUGUCCAAAGGGAGGAUCAUGGCAAUGAGUUGGAUGAAUUUGGUAUGCCUACAAGAAGAGUAUCUUCGCGGAAGAUAACUCUCGAAAUCGAUCACCUGAUCGAUUUAAUAGAGUGUUUGAUGGCUGUUGGGCAGGAAGUCCCUGAAGUCUUGGCUAAGGUCAUCACGAACAGCAUUGAUGACCCCUUACGAGCAGUCCGAGUGUUAGGAUGGAGAUACAAUUUCCCUAUAGACCAGCAGAAUAGGUUGGCCGAUGUGGUCCGGCUGAGUCAAAGACAGCUCAUACCACAUGGUUUGAGGGAAGUCAUGGAAAAUCGAAUAUUGGCCGGUCGUGGUGACUUCUUGGCAUCGUUGGCACCGCUGUUGGAGAAGGAGAUGGAUAGAUUUAGAGAGGACCAAUGUGUUAUACUUGCGAGGGUCUACCACGGCUUGGGUACACAAUUUAACGGUAUAGUGAACGGAUGUCUGAAGCAGCUCAGCAGCAGAUUGUCGCAGAAGAGGGUGGUCUCGUGGGAGGAAGGACGAACCCAUCCAGGAGCUCGAAGUGAAUAUAGUGGCAGCUUGCUAUGGCAGGAGGAGCCGAUCGAUCGAGAAGAGCUUGUGGCACAGGUAUGCGAUACCUUCGACUCAUCAAUACUCCAUCCCAAGCUGCUACAACAGUUCGAAGGACUCGUCCCGCGGAUGAGCCCAGAGCAACUCCUUAGAUGUGCAACAAUUCUACCGCAAGCAGUUCGGAGGGAAACUGAACGUCGAGAGAGCGACAACGGCUACUUGUAUGGCGAUGACAAUCCCGACGAGAUCGAACAAGUUGCUAAGAUCCCUCCUCAUACAGUCGAAGAGAUUCUCACUCGAAGCAACAUUUAAAACGAGACUAGCCAACGUCGAAGCCAUGAGCUUCACCGUAUCAGUUUCCGUA